AUGAUGGACGAAAUCCUUGGCCGAUCCGUGGCCGAGACUCCUGCGGACACCGAUGUUCUCUUUGGGCGAGGAGGUAAAACGAACAAGCACCCCGGUAACCAGCAGUAUCUGGAGCUUGUUGCGGAGCAUGAAGUGCAGUAUAUGAGCUGCACAAAGAGAAAGUUCCAGAAGCUAAUGUCACUAUGUAUCAUACAUUAUCUUCGAAUGCAGGGAGCCCGCUUUAUGGAGAAGGACACCAAGUCUGGUAAAUGGAAAACUGUGCUUCUCUCACGGUGCCGCGAGAAGGUUUCUCAGAGACUCCGGGAACGCAUCCCUUUUAUCAAAUUGGAGCAGCAGAAGAAAGCAGCCGAGACGAGCAAGGCAUGGCGAAUGAGUGUUGAUGCUGUAGAGCCACUGUCGACCAUGACAUAUCCAAAUGAUGUGCACAUACCCCCUGUCAACUUUGUCGAGGUGACUGACGCCUCCAGUGAGGACGAAUGCGAAAGCCUUCUUGACUCGGCUGAUCUCGAUGACAUGUCUCUGUUUUCGCUUCCUCCUUCUGACGGUACCGAACGAAGUGAGGAUGCUGACACGAUCUCGUUGAUGUCGAAAAUCUUCCUCGAUGAUUCCUUUAGCACAUCAUGUCUAUUCGAGACUGCCGAGGAGGACCAGGCAGUUUCGGAACAGGAACUUGAUACGGAGGAUGAGAGGCCACGUAAACGUCAAAAGAGACACGAUGAGGACUACGACGACUGCAGCUAUGGCACUGUCGUUGAAUGUGUUCAUGACAAAGACAGUCUCUUGACGGGCGAGUUUUCAGACGUCUAUUCCGACGAUGGCAUCAGCAACGGUACCGGUACUCCCUCGUCAUGCGGUGAUCAGGGCGAUUUUGCCUUGGAGGACCACGCUGCGCUGGUCGAGUAUUUCCUUCUUUGA